AUGGGAGUGAUAUCAUAUACUCAAGUUCUGAUUAUCUGCAUUCUUUACUCGAUGUCGAAUAGAGAAAAUAGUCUCUAUAUCUCGGAGUCUGGGUCUCUUAUGGCAGCAGCUUUCUGCCCAAUAUGGCGUAACAGCCCACUCUCAUCCGGUGUGAAAUUAGCAUAUGAGCACGCCUUGUUCGCCUCUUCUUCAUACUCAGCCCGCCGCAUAGCGACAAAUAGUCCCUCCAUCGCUUCUUGUACGUGUAUGCACAACACUCCUGUUUCUCACCAUCUCCUCUAG